UCCGAUUGCCUAGGCGAUCGCAGCAGAAGUGGGAGCAGGUCUGCAGUCUCUGGUCAUCUCUUGUACUAUGUCCACAGUCUCUGGUCAUCUCCUGUACUAUGUCCGCGGUCUCUGGUCAUCUCUUGUACUAUGUCCACAGUCUCUGGUCAUCUCCUGUACUAUGUCCACAGUCUCUGGUCAUCUCCUGUACUAUGUCCGCAGUCUCUGGUCAUCUGCUGUACUCUGUCCGCGGUCUCUGGUCAUCUCUUGUACAAUGUCCACAGUCUCUGGUCAUCUCCUGUACUAUGUCCACAGUCUCUGGACACCUCCUGUACUAUGUCUGCAGUCCCUGGUCACCUCCUGUAGUACAUCCGCAGUCUCUGGUCAUUUCCUGUACUAUGUCUUCAGUCUCUGGUCAUCUCCUGUAGUACAUCCGCAGUCUCUGGUCACCUCCUGUACUAUGUCCGCAGUCUCUGGUCAUCUCCUGUACUAUGUCCGCAAUUUUUGGUCACCUCCU